UGUCAUAUUGACGUUUUGUAAAAUGAAUACAUCUGCGUCAUAUCUUCUCCAAAACAAACAUAUGAAGAAUAUACACAAGUAUAAAUUGGUCUUGCUUGGAGAACAAAGCGUUGGAAAAACCUCUCUUAUAACAAGAUUCAUGUACGACAGUUUUGAUAAUACGUAUCAAGCUACAGUUGGAAUAGAUUUUCUGUCUAAAACAGUUUAUAUGCAAGAUAAAACUGUUAGAUUACAGCUUUGGGAUACAGCGGGACAAGAGCGGUUUCGUUCUUUGAUACCUUCCUACAUUAGAGACUCAAAUGUAGCGGUGAUAGUUUACGAUGUUACCAAUCAAACAUCCUUCGAACAAACCACGAAAUGGAUAAAAGACGUCCAGAUGGAGAGAGGAGAGAAUGUAAUAAUUGUUCUUGUGGGUAACAAAGUUGAUUUACACGAUUCAAGACAAGUUACACAUGAUGACGGUAAACUGGAAGCUCACCGUCUCGGUGUACUCUUCAUGGAAACAAGCGCAAAAAAUGGCUACAAUGUUCGGUACUUAUUCAGACGAAUAGCUGAAACAUUACCAGACAUUCCUAGCGAAAAAGAUUUGCAGCAUUUUCGAGACGUUAUUCUAGAGAAUAAACUUGAAAGUCCAUCGCAGGAUGAGCAAUGUAUAUGCUGAAAGUUCAUGGCACUGAGGCCAAUAAUGAAAUAAUCUGUUGAAUAUCGAUAUAGAUGCUUACAUCUUCUGUUGUAAUCUGGAGAACUACUAGAAUAAACAAUAAAUAGCUGUGCAAA